CAGCGGGGAACUAUCAAAAACAGAGACGGCGACGACAUGGCGCCCUCCAAAGCGGCGAUUGUCCAAGCGAAGAUUCGCCACGAGCUUCGGCUCUUGCAUGAGAACGGCGACGUGUCUGAAAGCAUCCAACAUAUGGCGGCGUACUUCCUCGAGCUCAUGCAUCAGCUAGCACACAACACCAUCGCCGUCGCGGACGUGGUGGACGCGCACCACCGCAUGGAGUCGUUCCUUGUCGCGAACGCCACAUCCCAACAUAUCGUUGUCUUUGAAAGCGCCAUGCUCGAGUUGACUCGCGCGGCGAUUUUUACGGCGCUGCAUGAAUCCCUUCGUGCCCUUUUGUCGUUUGGGGCAUUCGUGCCAUCCGCGCUGCGCUACUGGAAGCGACAGCUCAAGCAACCCCUCGACCUGUUCUUGCUGACAUUGCCAGACAAAGUCUGGGAGCCAUCCGGAGGCGUCAUCUCCACGGACGACAAGAUUCGCAUCUUAGACGAAACGUACGAGACGAUGCUGGUACACAUUGGCGAGUUGAAGCAACAGAUGCUUAAGUGGCCCCAUGCCGAACCAAACCGAUACCAAGACAUGAUGCACACGUCUCGAACGCUGUUGCUCAAAGUGUUUUCUACCAAGCAUUUGACGAUUCGGCCCAAUGCAGUGACCAUCGAUGCCGCCGAGACUGUCGGCGCCUCAGCGCUUGCUUCGUCGGGUCGUCCUCGAUAUGAACUGAAAUCGGUGCUUGACUUCCUAUCGCACUUGCCUGUUCUUCGAGCUACGUACAAGGGAGAGUUAGACAGCGCCCUCGAAGGAUGCACGAUCCCGCCGUUUCUCCGUCGCCGUUGGUGGCAAGUGUCUGUGGGGGCUGUUGGGGUGUCGCUUGGCGUGAUGUACGUCGUGCGCAAUAGCCACGAACUGCACGACCUCGCCCUUACUAUGCACAAGGGCAUCCGCGACUUCGUUGUCGACCACAUGGUCGUGCCGCUCAACAACAUUGUGGGGGAGAUUUUGCUCAGUAAAAAGUCGUUGAUUCAAGACCCACUGGCGCUGAAUGACUCGAAAGAAAGCUUGCAGCGCAUGCUCGCCGACUUUAUUCACGACACCAACCCGUCCCUACCUCUGUCUGUACAACACGAUAUGGUGGCCAAUAUGGACAUGUCGGUCGUCUCGUUGCAGUACGAGAAGGAACUGCCCAAAGCCGUGCGCAACCUUGUCACAGGCGAUAUUGUGCGCAUGAUGCUUAUCCAAAUUCAAUUCAUCAAGAAAGAACUGAUGGUCGCCAUGAAAGCCAUCGACGAUUUGAUGGACGCGAACCAGCUCAACAUGCAAAUGAUGGCGACGCUGCCCAUGUUUGUCGUCGCGGGGGGCGCCUAUUUUGCCAUCUCGAAAACAUCCAGGCUUUUGUACCAAUUUACAAGUUCGGCCAUGUACGAAGACCCAAAGAGCGUGGCGUCUCAAAUUCGCUACACGCUGCGAGACAUUGAGCGGUUGCUCAACAUGCAAAACACAUCGCAUGCAUCCAUCGACUCGCUUCCAGGACUGAGCAGUCAGAUGUCGACUAGUACCAUGUCUCCACUGUUGCGGGCGGCCUCGGCAGCUGGAGACGGACCUGGCACGACGUUGGGUGUUCGGGACAUGGGGUACUUGGUGGUGUUGCUGGAUCAAUUGCAGCAACUGUUUGAGCGCAACCGAGGGUACUUUGACGACGCCGAGCAAAAACGAUUCGACGAAGACGUCAACGAUUUAGUCGGCGACCACAUGCUCGUGUCGCAGCAACUUGCUGUGAUCGCCCGCAUGUACCACAGCCACGCGUUCCUGGCCCAAGGCGUGAGUUCCAAGUGGUUCCACUAGUUUAUCGCGCGCGAAUAUAAGCGGCGGACGACUAACAUUGAAAGUGGAUGACGUUCAUUCAACUGUUUUUGGC